AGGACUCGGAUGCUCCUCAAGUGCGAGCGAGGGCGACCCUCCGGACUGGGGACUCCUCUCGUGCAGUUCUUCAUCAGCGUUGUCUCUGUCUCUGGUCUCUUCUCUUUUCGCCUCGGUUUCUUUCUUCCCGCGGGAAGUCCACAUCAAAACUCCUUACUGCGAUCUCCUCGUCGUUCGCCGGUUCUUGUCCUGGUCUUGGAGUUGUCAGCCAGUACUCAGUACCACCCAAGCGCGAGCGAGGACGACCCUCCAGUCUGGGGAUUAUACCUCAUGCGGUUCUUCAUCAGCGUCGUCUCCACCAGUCUCUCAGUCUCUUCGUCUCUCUUUCUUUCUGUAUUCCUGGAAGCCGGUAGUCUCAAAACUCCUCUCUGUGGUCCCUCGUCGUUCGCCUGCUCCCCCUGGUUGGUCUGUCACUCCCAGGACCUCAGGCCGGGACUCUUCAAGCGCGAGCGAGGCCAACCCUCCGGAUUGGGGAACAUACCCUCACGGCCCUCCGUCGACACUGUCACUGUACUCUAUCUCUUGUCUUGAUCUCUCUUCGGCAUCCUCGCGGGAAGACUGCAGCCCCAAAACUCCUCUUCGCGAUCCCCUCGUCGUCCGCCAGUGUCCCUCCCGGUCCUCGAACUGUCGACCAGACUCCGGAUAUCUCCCAAGUGCGAGCGAGGCUGAUCCUCCGAACUGGGGACUCGUCUCUGCUGCGGUCUAUCAUCAGCGUCGUCUCUGUCUCUCUCUUCCUGGUCCUGUCCCUGCCUUCUUAGAAGGCGGUCGCAUCAAAACUCCUGUCUGCGAUCUUCUCGUCGUCCGCCAGCCCGUCGUCCUGACCUUCGGUCCGUCAGCCAGCGGUGCUCCUCAAGUGCGAGCGAGGACGAUCCUCCUGACUGGGGAAUAUACUCCGCGACCGGCCUUCGAUGUACUUGUAUCUCGGCGACUCCUCGAUCUCCCUGAUUGCGUCUGGUCCAACUCCUGUCUGUCGCUACGCGGUCUCCUCUGGCGAACUCCAGCCUGUCUUUACUCGGUCUCAAGCCUCAGCCAACUUGCGUCUGUCCUUACCAGCUCGGUUCGAAUGUCUCAGGCCUCCAACUACGUGCAGUCUUACUCGGUUUCGCCUUCGACCAACUCGCACCUGUCCUUACACAAUUCGACUCUAGACUGUCCCGGCAUGCAUCUCAUGCCAUUCAACUCUCAUCGGUCCUUACGCGGUUCACGCUUCGCUUGAUACACGGUCUCGUCUUCUGGUUCCUUGGAAAGUCCCUCACUGUCUUUACUGGGCUCUGUCUCGUCGUCCAACUCCCCACUGUCAUUACCGGUUCUAUUUCACUGUCCAACUCCGAGUCCUUACUGUCGUUACUGGGUUCAUUUUCGCUGCCAACUCCUUACUGUCUUUACAUGGUCUCUUAGACAAGCUCUAUACUGUCCUUACACUGCUGCUUCCAAAUUCAUUAUGCGCCGUCCUAUGAUAUCGCACUUGCCC